AUGCGAGUUUACAAGUCGCAACACAAAGACCUUAACAUUCCAUGUAUGGAUAUUUUGUCGCUAUUGUUUGACUCUGAUUUUUGUUUGGCUCGUGAAGAAACCAAAAUCCAUGUGGAAGCUGCGAAUCCGUCGAAUAGUAUCACGAAAGCCGAGGCUCGCAUAUUGGUCAAGCGGGUUGCGUACGUCCUUCAACAUCGCUACGGCAUCGGCGCCUCGGGAGCUGGCCGUGAUGUCGUUCUGACUGUCGUUUACGGAAGUCCUUUUGCGCCCGUGUUCUUCUAUGGGCUCGUCGCUGCCGGAGGAGUCUAUUCUGGUGCUAGCACAGAAUACCCUGUGGCAGAAUUAGUACGCCAGAUUGAGGACUCCAAACCCACUCUGCUGGUCUGCUCGCCAGAAUGCGAGGCGCGAGUGGUCCUGGCAGCCCAACAGUGCGGCAUUGCGAGAGGAAGGAUCUUGAUUUUGGACAGCACGAUUCCCCAGGGUUGGAAACUGAUCUCUGUCACAGACCGGUCUGACGUGCUCAGAUGGGAUGGGGAUAAAAUGUAUGACUGGCCACAUAUCACCGACCAGCGCGCGCUCGAAGAAGUCACGAUUUGUCUCUUGUACUCAUCUGGGACUACGGGGCUACCGAAAGGCGUCCGAAUAUCCCAUAGGGGUCUUGUAUCAGACAAUGUGUGCACCAUGGAUGUUGCUCGCCGCUAUCGGGCCCGCUGCAAAAUGGAAGGACGAGAGUUUUUGAUGAACACCAUUGCACAUCUACCUAUGAGUAAUAUCGCCGGGAUUUCUUUGUACGCGACUUGUCCUUUCUACAUGGGUGGCACGACCUGGUGGAUGAAAAGUUAUGACUUUGACUCCUUUCUCGAAUAUCAUCGCCGCUACCGGCCAGCAUACCAGUUUACUGUACCGCCAGUCUGGUUGCGGAUCGCAAAGAGCGACAAGGUAACAGAUCAUUUCGACGGGCUGGAGGUUGCCGUCACGGGGGCUGCACCGAUAGGAGAAAACGUAAUAAGGGACGUGAGGAAGAAAUUGGGCCGAGGGCGAGCCCACAUGGCGCAAACUUGGGGAACUACGGAGACUACCGGCGUUAUCACUGCUACCGACUGGCCCGCGUACACCGACCAGAAGACCUGGAGCGUCGGCGAGCUGUGCCCAAACGUCGUUCUUCGCGUCGUCAACGAGAAUGAUGAGGACCUAGCCGAAGGCGAGUCCGGCGAGCUCUUAGUUGCAGGUCCGAUCCUCUCUCAAGGCUAUUAUAAUCGGCCCGAGGCUAACCAGCAAUCGUUUAUCGACGGGUUCUACAGGACGGGCGACAUUGGGAUGUACAAGGACGGGCUUGUCCAUAUCCAUGAUCGAAAGAAAGAAUUGAUCAAGUACAAAGGCAACCAAGUCGCGCCUGCGGAAUUGGAAGCGUUGCUCACUUCUCAUCCUCUCAUUGCGGAUGCCGCCGUCAUCGGGGUUUGGGACGACCAGCAACAGACGGAAGUCCCCCGGGCAUACGUGGUUCGCCGUCAAUCGUCCGAAGGCCGAGCCAUCACAGCUCAAGAGGUGGUAGAUUUUGUCGAGGGCAAAGUGGCGAGUUACAAGCAGCUGCGAGGAGGGGUUUUCUUUCUCAACGAGAUACCCAAGAGUGCUUCAGGAAAGAUCCUUCGCAAGGAAAUCCGAUUGGAAGCAAACAAGCCUCCUCAAGCGAAAUUAUGA